CGUCGCCGCAGCGCGUGGAGUUCCUGUGCGGCCUGCUGGACCUGUGCAUCCCGCUCGAGUUGCGCUUCCUCGGCUCGUGCCUGGAGGACUUGGCACGCAAGGACUACCAUUCGCUGCGCGACUCGGAGAUUAAGGCCAACAACCCGGCGGACCUGGGCAGCCUCACCAACCUGACGGACGAGGUGGUGCGCAGCAAGCUGCUGGUGUCGCUGGCGCUGCUGGGCUCGGAGCAGCGCGAGGCUGCGGGCGUGUUGUACCGCACGCUCACGCACACCGACUCCAUCAUCCACAACUACGGGCUGCAGCUCAACGAGGGCCGUACGGGCGAUGAGUUCCUUCUGCUCUUCACCAUGGCCUCCAACCACCCGGCCUUCAGCUUUCACCAGAAGCAGGUGCUGCGCCAGGAGCUCACGCAGAUCCAGAGCAGCCUGAACGGCGGCGGCGGUGGCGGUGGUGGCAGCGGCGGCGGCGGCGGCGGCGGUGGUGGCAAGAGCGCGCCCGGACCCAGCGGCGCGCUGCCCACCUGCUCGGCCUGCCACAAGAUGGCUCCCAGAACAGAGACCCCUGUCAGCAGCGUCAGCAACAGUCUGGAGAACGCAUUGCAUACGUCAGCACAUUCCACGGAGGAGUCCCUGCCCAAGAGGCCUUUGGGAAAACACGGCAAAGUGAGUGUUGAGAAGAUCGACCUGAAAGGAUUAUCACACACAAAAAACGACAGAAGCGUUGAGUGUUCCUUUGAGGUCUUAUGGUCUGAUUCUUCAAUAACAUCAGUAACUAAGUCUUCCUCAGAAGUGACUGAAUUUAUUUCAAAGUUAUCCCAACUCUGCCCUGAGGAGAACCUGGACAAACUCAUUCCUUGCAUGGCUGGCCCGGAGUCCUUCUAUGUGGAGCGUAACCAUGUUGAUUUGGAAGCAGCCCUAAGGUACUUGGCUUCAAUACCCUCACAUGCACUGAAGCACGACCAUGUUAGGAAGUUCUUCAGUACUUCAUCUCCCUCCCAGCAACUCCAGAGUCCAAGUCCUGGCAACCCUUCCCUUCCUAAAGUGGGUGCCGUGAUGGGCGUGUCUGGAAGGCCCGUGUGUGGUGUGGCUGGCAUCCCGUCCUCGCAGAGCAGCUCCCAGCAGCACUUGCAGCACUCGGCCAGCACUGCUGCCUCCCUGCCCCACUGCUCCCACACAGGGGGGGGCGCAGGCUCCGCGCUGCCUUACCGGACCCAAGUGGACAACUCGCCCACCAUCCUGAUGCCCUCUAGUCUGCAGGCCCCUCAGCCCCAGGAGCAGAAUGGGAUUUUAGACUGGCUUAGGAAGCUGCGUUUGCACAAGUAUUACCCUGUCUUUAAACAGCUCACCAUGGAGAAGUUUCUGAGCCUUACUGAAGACGAUCUGAAUAAGUUUGAGUCCCUCACCAUGGGGGCAAAGAAAAAGCUCAAGACUCAGCUGGAGCUAGAGAAGGAGAAGUCAGAGAGACGAUGCCUCAACUCCUCAGCCCCAUCCUUGGUCACCAGCAGUGGAGUGGCUCGAGUCACCCCCACCAGCCACGUGGGGCCUGUGCAGUCUGGGCGUAGCAGCCACGCUUCAGAGCUGCGGGUGGAGGUGGAGCCACCGGCUCACCAGCUGCCCCGAGAAGGCAGCUCCUCCGAGUAUUCCAGCUCCUCUUCUAGCCCCAUGGGUGUGCAGGUCCGUGAGGAGAGCUCGGACAGCGCUGAGGAGAGCGAUAGACGUGUGGACAUCCAUGUUGAGGGGACUGAGAAGGAGAAGCCCGUGAUGCUCCUGGCUCACUUCCCAUCCAGCUCUGCAAGACCCACAGCCCAGGUUCUGCCCGUGCAGAACGAGACUGGCUCCAGCCCCACCGCUCACCAUGCUCUGCCCCCGCAGCUUCUGCCUGCAGCCUCGCACAUGGCGCCUGUCCGCAUGCUGAACUCGGUGCACAAGUCAGACAGAGGCAGUGCGGACGUGAAGCUGCUCUCCUCAUCUGUGCACUCCCUUCUGUCUCUGGAGGAAAGGAACAAGGGGCCUGCUUCUAGAAGUGGCACAAAGGUGGACAAGAGCUUUGGCGGGGCUGUGCUGGAAACACUGCCCUCAGCAGCACCUCACCCGCCAGUGCAGGGCCUCUCGGGCCUCGUAGACAGCAACUCUGUGUCACCUACCGUCUCCUUUGGUCCCCGGGCCAAAGUUGUGCAUGCAGCCACACUGGACAGGGUGCUGAAGACAGCACAGCAGCCAGCCUUGACUGUAGAGACCAGCUCAGCCGCCACAGGGACACCAAGCACCGUCCUGCAUGUGGCCCGGCCACCCAUCAAGCUGCUGCUGUCUUCCUCUGUUCCUGCUGAUGCUGCCAUCUCUGGCCAGACUUCUUGUCCCAACAAUGGGCAGAUCAGCGUGCCCCCUGCAAUAAUGAACCCCCGGACUGCUCUGUACACAGCCAACACCAAAGUUGCCUUCUCUGCAGUGAGCAGUGUGCCCGUGGGCCCACUGCAGGGCAGCUUCUGCGCCAGCAGCAACACCGCCUCCCCCAGUAGUCACCCCUCCACGUCCUUCGCGAGCAUGGCCACUCUACCCAGUUGCCCAGCCCCCAGCUCCAGCCCUGCCCUCUCCUCUGUCCCAGAAAGCAGCUUCUACAGUGGCGGUGCUGGCAGCAGCUCUCCAGGGAACAUUCCUGCCUCAAGUCAGAGCCACCACCACCACCACCACCAUCAGCAGCCCCCCGCACCCCCCCAGCCUGCGCCACCCCCACCCGGCUGCAUUGUCUGCACGUCCUGUGGGUGCAGCGGCAGCUGCGGCUCCAACGGCCUGACUGUCAGCUAUGCCAACUACUUCCAGCACCCGUUCUCGGGGCCGUCCAUGUUCCCCUUCCCUUUCCUGCCCUUCAGCCCCAUGUGUGGCAAUGGCUAUGUCAGCACCCAGCAGUAUGGUGGUGGCUCUGCCUUCCCUGUGGUACACACACCCUACAACGGCAGCGUGACUCCAGACCCUGUCCUAGGUGGGCAGUCCACGUUUGCAGUGCCACCCAUGCAGAACUUCAUGGCUGGGACAGCGGGGGUGUACCAAGCCCAAGGCCUGGUAGGCAGCACCAAUGGCUCCAGUCACAAAAAGAGUGGGAAUCUGUCCUGUUACAACUGUGGGGCCACUGGCCACCGUGCCCAGGACUGCAAGCAACCAUCCAUGGACUUCAACAGGCAAGGAACUUUUAGGUUGAAAUACGCCCCUCCAGCAGAAAGUCUGGACUCCACGGACUGAUCCUAUUUUUUUUUUUUUGGCAACAGAACAUUUUCUUAAGCCAUGAAAAAUCACAUAGAGAACUGAAGUCAAGUCGCUGUGGAGCCGUGGAGACCUAAAGACAACCACAGAGAGAGCUGAAGUCGAGCCGCUGUGGAGCUUAAUAUUUUUAACCCAAAGGUGCUUUACUUCACUAUACUGGAUAGAGAAUCUAGCAUACAAGUACGUCAAACUCGAUUUCAUUGCCAAAUUCCUAGUUUCGGAGCUUGAUCCAAGGAUCGCCUAGUGGGCAUCGCUAUGGCAGUCACGUGGCCGUCCUGUCAUUGCUGCAGCAUGAAGACCUGUCUCCUCAAGAUGGAUGGUCCUUCUAGGCUCACAUGUAAUUCCAGGGCAGCUAUGCACGACCUGAGUCAAGACUGCAGGUCGGAGUUCUCUCAAGUUCCCCAGUCGGAUCCAGGACCCCUUUUGGGGCUAGGAAAUGCCAGCUGGACUUUGCUGUUUUCUAAAGUGGGAGCCUCUGGGAGCCUCAUGUCUGGCUUCUUAAGGAUUGCACUACCUGACAAGGGCCCUGCAGUCUGGGAGCAGACUCUGCUGGGACCCGACAGUAUCGGGGACUCCGUCAGUGGGCACUGGAGUUGGCACCAGCAGGCUGCUCCGCCAAGCACACCCUGGAAUUGAUCACAGGGUGUUGUGUAGACACUUGGAGCAGUUCCAGGUUUUUAAUAUUUUUUUCUGUAAACAAAUUUACACUAUAUUAGUAAGUAAGACCUAGCUCACUCUCGACAACUUCAUUUCUAAGGGUCCAAGUUGCAGGGAAUCCAGUUACCGAGGCUUGAGACCACCUCUCCUGUCGGAGGCUUUGAGCCUGCUCUCUCCAAACAAGAACCAACUCUUGACACAGGAAUGACUCGGCUUUGUGAGUUGACUGUGACUGACAAGCCUCAUUCUUCAGAAAGCUGGCAGGCUGUUGUGUCUCAAAUGGCUUCCCCAGGACCCCAGCCCCAGAGCUCACUGCUGACAAAGUCACACUUGACACAGAUGUCAGCAGUAAUACAGUCCUGUGAUUCAUGAACAAAAGACUGGAAACUGUCGGCUUCUUUUGUAUUAGGCUGUGUGUUGAUUGUUAAUUCCGUUAAAAUUGCCUGGAAAACUUCAGUAGAGAGAUGAGAGACCCCUCGAGACCGCUCGCUCACCAGUCGCUCACCAGUUGCAGUCCAGACCAGGGGUGGGGGUGGGUCCUCACUCCUCAACAGGUUGUGAACAUUUCAACCCACCACAGCGGAGGCAUAAGGGACUUAGACCUCUGAGGUUAAAGGGAAUUUUAUGCUCAAAUAACAAUAUUUAUAAUGCUAAAGCCUUCGGUAUUAAAAAAAAUCGAUGGUAAGAUUUUGCCAAGGAUUUUCCAGCUUCCUAUUUAUGGAGAAGAAAAAUCACAGUCCUUAAACCAUUCUUCAGAUGGGACAAUCACCCUCAUGCAGAAUUAGUGUAAAUCACAAAAUACCCUAGAACUGGAGGCGUUGUGAUAUAAGGCUUCAUAGUCUAAGAUGGGCUUUCUCUCUGUGGAGACCCACGGAAGGCUUGAGUGUUGUGGAUUCUAUGCAAUGCAAGAUCGCUAGGCCUCUGUCGUGUCCGUGGCUCACAGGCUCACAGGAUCUGUUCUGAGUGAUGGCAAUGAGGCACUAGGGGAUGCUCUGUUGAUCUCUCAGAAACACUACAAAUGUCAAUACAAGAAGUGACACAACUUUGCCUUAAAGAGCACCAGACUGGGAUUGGUCAUAUUGUGUUGAUAAGGAAGACUCUGAGUGUUCACUGAUGUUUACGAUUUUAAUAUUUCUGAAGGCCAUCACGGUGGCCUGGGUAUGUGCUGAAAGCCAAACUUUUAAAUUUUUUGGUUUUUUUUUAAACAAAGAAAUAUUUUAAAUAAAUCCUAUUUCAACACAGAA